CUGUGAUCACACAAGAAUCAUCUCUCCUUAAUCGCUAUAGAGUAAUCAGUUAAAGAGACCAAUGAAGAUACAUCGUGCCAUAAUCCUGGUGACACUCUUGGCCUUGACCAAGACCGCCGUUUCCCAACUUCAAUCGAUUGAGCAGUGCAGAGAGGUGUUCGACAGUUUCAUGCCGUGCAUGGGCUUCGUCGAGGGAAUCUUCCAGCAACCUUCUCCACAAUGCUGCAGAGGCGUGAGCCACUUGAACAACGUCGUCAAGUUCAAGACUCCACGAUCGAGGAAGAAUGAGCAGGGGACUGGAGAGUUAGAGAGAGUAUGUGAAUGCAUAGAGAUAAUGGGAAAAGCAGAUCAUCUUCCUUUUCUGGCAUCCUCCAUCAACAAUCUUCCUCCCCUUUGUUCUCUUUCUCUCAGCUUUCCUAUCUCUGUUGGAAUGGACUGUUCUCAGUUUAGAAACAUGAAGGAACUCGACGCUGAAAAAGUAAACUAGUUACAAGAAUAUAUGAAUAUUGGAAAGGGAAGACUUGUAAUAGCUAUCUGUGUAUGAUAUAUAAUUUAGCUUAUUGUAUUAGUGACUAGUCUAAAAAGCAAGCAAAUGUUAAGUUCUAUA